CCGUGUUUAUAUUGAGGUCCGCGGUUUGGUUAGUGAUUACAUAGAUGCUGUGAUUUUCGAGGAUAAUUUUCAUGGCUUUUUAUAUUUAUCCAUCCCUUUUUAGGGUUUUAAAUUUCUGGAAUUCAAGGUGUUAGCCUCUUGAUGGCUAUGCCUACAAGUUUACAAUAUUUUCCUUCGAAUUAGAGUAGUUUUUACCUCCCUCAAUGCUCUCUGUCUGUGAUCAGCCCCCCCUGUUUGGUCUCUCUCACCAUUGAUUUCGACAACUGAAAAUGCUAUGUAUGAAGAUGUGGAUCUUGAAACCUGAAACCAUGCCUUUCCUUGAAGCAUCAAAGAAAGCUAUCAAUAACGUUUUAUGAUGAGUAAUCUUGGCAAGCCACUCGAAAGAGCCCGGGUCCAGACCAUGGAGCCCUCCGAACGACGCCUGUCGGAUUUGGAUGAGCGACCUGAAAAACCUCCAUCAAAAAGAGAAAUGUCGAAUUUGGUGUUGAUGAGGAACUCCACACUGGGUCAGUCAGCUCCUUCUUUAUCUUAUCAGAUGAAAGAGCUGAAUAUUGGUGGCAGGAGAAGUAGCCGAGUAAAUCAUCGGAAAAGUUUCAUAGCCAACACAUCACCAACAUUGCCUCGUUGUCAUUCACCCAUGUUAGGAAGUCCUCUGGAAAGUCCAAAAGUCUCCCCCUCAUUGCAUUUUCCUUUUGUUCCUGUUAAAAGAGUUUAUAAUCAUCUAAGUAGUGAUUGCAAAGCCGAUGGUCGUCGGUGGUCAGUGGCCUCCCUACCAUCAUCAGGCUAUGGUACAACUCCGGGUAGCUCCAGUGUCUCUUCUCAAUGUUCAAGUAUAGAAAGACUGCACCAACUCCCUAGUGCUCCAACCAAUGAUGAGUUACGACUUUUAUCACGACAUUUUUCCUCAAAUGAAAGCAAUCCCAGUGUUGAUGAUGACUAUGGUCACAGAUCACCGUUUAGCAGACCAAGAUCCAGGAGUUUAAGUAGUCCAAGCCGUUCUCCUGUGAUGGACAGUGAUGUUAUUCUGAUGAACACCAUGUACAAAGAAAGAUUCCCGAAGGCAACGCAUCAGAUGGAAGAAAAGUUGGUUAAAUUCAUUGAUGAGUCGCAAUCAGUACUGCAAGGAAAUUUGAGUGAAGCUUCUCUAGAUACCGCUCCAAUUUUGCGUUUCGUUCACCAUCAAAUAGUAGAAAUUGCCAGGGAUUGCUUGAAAAAGAGUCAAGAAAAACUCAUCACUAGGAGAUACUUCUAUGAAAUGUCAGAAAGUCUGGAAAGAUUAUUAAAUGAAACCAAAGAAAAAUCUCAAGAAGCUGUCCAGCUUUUAACUGGCACAAUCAACAGACUCUUACUAAUUAUCUCCCGCCCGGCGCGGCUACUUGAAUGCCUAGAGUUUGAUCCGGAAGAAUUCUACCAUCUUCUGGAAGAAGUGGAAGGACACGCAAAACUUAACCAAGCAAUCAAAGCAGACAUUCCUCAGUACAUAAUUAGUAAGCUAGGCCUCAAUCGAGAUCCCAUCACAGAUAUACAGCAUGGAGGGCUCUGUGGUGCUGGUUCAUUAGAGAGAGUGAACAUCUGUCCCCCUUGCACAUCCACCCCAAAGCAGGAAUCAAAAUUUUCAAAAGCACCGUGUGAAGAUGACUUUGAUUUUAUUAAGCUCAUCUCAAAUGGAGCGUAUGGCGCAGUGUCACUUGUGAGGCACAAAGAGACAAAGCAAAGAUUUGCCAUGAAGAAGAUUGUCAAAAAUAACCUGAUGCUCAGGAAUCAGAUUGAGCAAGUCUUUGCAGAGCGGGACAUCAUGAGUUUUACAGAUAACCCAUUCGUCGUCAGCAUGUACUGCAGUUUUGAGACAAAGAAACAUCUAUGUUUAGUGAUGGAGUAUGUUGAAGGAGGGGAUUGUGCAGCAUUAGUGAAAAAUAUUGGACCUCUCCCACCAGACAUGGCCCGAUUUUAUUUUGCUGAAACUGUAUUAGCAGUUGAAUAUUUGCAUAGUUAUGGUAUCGUUCAUCGUGAUUUAAAACCAGACAAUUUACUUAUCACUGCAACUGGUCAUAUCAAAUUGACCGACUUUGGUCUGAGCAAAAUGGGAUUGAUGUCAUUGGCUACAAACUUGUAUGAAGUUUACAUUGACCGAGAUGCAAGACAGUUCUCUGACAAGCAGGUGUUUGGGACUCCGGAAUAUAUUGCCCCUGAAGUAAUCUUAAGGCAAGGUUAUGGCAAGCCUGUGGAUUGGUGGUCGAUGGGAAUUAUUUUAUAUGAGUUUCUGGUUGGUUGCGUUCCAUUUUUUGGCGAUACUCCGGAAGAACUAUUUGCCCAUGUUGUCAAUGACGACAUUGAAUGGCCAAGUGAUGAUGAGUGGGUCAUUCAAGCAGAAGCAAAAGACAUCAUUACAGCACUUCUGCAGCAAAAUGCACGCAAUCGCCUGGGUAGCGCAGGACCGCAUGAAGUUAAAGAGCAUCCCUAUUUCUAUGGAGUUGAUUGGAAUUCACUUUUGCGUCAAAAAGCAGAGUUUGUUCCUCAACUUGAAAAUGAUGAAGACACCAGUUAUUUUGAUUCGCGGCUGGAUCGCUACAACCAUGACCUUGGAGAAGAUACCGAUGACAAUGACGAGACGUUUUUGCUGGGAUCUUUCUCUUCUUGCUCUCCUCAGUAUCGGAAAGUUGUCCCACCUCAAGAUACUAUCGGCUCUUCAGUAAAAAAAGCUAUUUUUACUGUUGGAGACUCAGGCCAAUCGGAAGAUCAACAGGAAUCUAGUAAUGGUCACGAUAAUUCAGAUCUGGAAAACAGUCCUCGAAGUGGAGAUAAUUCUCUGACGAAUCGGGCUAAUUUCACCAUAAGCACACCAGAGUCGUCGCAAACUGAUAGUGAUGAUGUCUCCCCCCAGAUCCACCGCAAGAGGAGACUCCAUAGUAAAGAGGAGUUGCCACGUUUCUCAAUCUCAGUCGAGGAAGACCAAUCUCAUGACACAUCAGGCACACUACAAUCAGUCUCAUCACCUGAUAUGCACAAAGAUCUAUCUGCUGUUUUUGAAAAGAGCAAGAAUUCUCCCGAUAAAUCUAACUUAUUGCGGAUGGCUGUUUCUCCAAUCUCUCUUGGAGGCAAGCAAAAAUCAAGAGCUGUGAUAAAAAGUUUCUCUGCCUCAGGUCUCUCUCUCAUGAUUCCCUCAGAUGAAUUUCCACAACCUAUACAGUCUCCUGGUGGUUCAAGCACAGCAAGUUCUAGAGAUACAUCUCCCUGUCGGGAGUUAUCACCUUUAGUCAAUUCAUUAAAACCACCGAUCAUUAUUCGUCGGGGACCCUCAGGAUUUGGAUUCACUGUCCACACGAUACGUGUGUACUAUGGUGACUCAGAUUUCUACACAAUGCACCAUUUAGUUAAGGCUGUUGAUCCAGGUAGUCCAGCAUUUGAGGCUGGAUUGCGCCCUGGCGACUUGAUCACUCAUAUUAAUGGCGAAGCGGUCCAAGGCCUAUACCACACGCAUGUCCUACAGCUGCUCAUGACAAACCGAGAUAAAGCAUCGCUAAGAGCAACUCCACUAGAAAACACAUCCAUCCGUACUGGUGGUCGUAAAAGAGAACCAGGUCAAGGAAAACUGGCUGCAUCUCGCAAAGCCCAUCAAAGAGCGAAAAGAUCUCAGCGCCGAGGAGAGUUCCCUGCAGACCCUAAACGUCGUCAACAUAAAGCCUCGCUUUUCCGCAAAAUCAGCAGUAAAAGAGCAAGUGCUGAAAUGCAACAGCUUGGUGCCAGUGCAUCCUCUCCAUCCAUUCCAACAGUGUAUGCAAACCGUAGUUUUCAAACAUUCUCUCGUUCACUCUCCUCCAAUCAAGAAACAAUUCCAUGCUCUCUCUCACCUCAAAAAACGCUGGUCCGAUCUCCAACAAGCCGAGCUCCGCCACCCUCACCAGACUCGCCAUGCUCGCCGGAAUCGUCACAAUCUUCCUCUGGUUCAUCCUCCUCGUCUCCAGCUCCAUCUGGCUCAGGCCAUUUCCAGCGGCCAUCCACUCUCCACGGUCUGAAACACAAACUUCACUCAGCCUCUAAAGGUGUUCACACGCCCAACCGUCGCAAAUCAGUCGGACACAUUCCUCUAUCACCUUUAGCACGCACCCCUUCUCCCUCCCCAUUACCUGCCUCCCCUACUCGGUCACCCUCACCCCUAGCUUUUCCACCAGGACAUCAGCCGGGCAGCUCAAACCAAACUCAAUCGUACUCCCCAGGCCCAGUUACUUCAAAGAAAAGCUUUGGACGACCAAAAAAUGGGGAGCCUGGUUCCCCUCUGCUACGCAGGGCUCUUUCACCAGACCGUCUUCACCCAAGAAGUGCUGAGGCCAAAAAUAAUUCCAUCUCACCCCUUUGCGAUCCAGCUUUGAAAGUAAUUUUGCAUGCGCCCAGGGUCACGGUCACCUCCAAGUCACCACCAACCAGUUUGCGACCUGUGGCAGAAUGUGAAGGUCAAGAUUCUGAAAAAUCUCAUGAAGGGCCUCCUCGCUCAAAACUGGCAGAAAAACCUCGCAGUUUUGAAGAAGAAAGAUCAAGUGUCCUUUUCGCCAAUACAGCUAGCCCAGAGCGCAAGUUUUCAAAAAGUGAGGAUCGGAGCGAGUGUGAAUUUCACCCAAGUUCUCACUCGUUGCCGAGAAUUGCUGAAGAAAAAGACUCUCCAGCAGCGAAGGAUGAUCAAGAGCCUGAAUCGACACCAGUCGUAACCCACAAGUCCAAGUCAAAAAGCUCCCAAUCAAAGAGUGGCUCUCGGAAAGGGAAAAAUAAAGAUAGGUCGAAACAUGAUGACCAAGAAGCAAGUAAAAGUGGAGAAAGUAAGUCCAAGUCAACCUCUGCCAGGUCGAGAUCUUUGGAAGGGGUCGAAGGUGGAUCCAGUCAAGAUGCAGGCAGAAGAUCUGCAAGAGAUAGGCGUGAGCUCUUCAAAUGUUCCUCAGUCAAAGAAUAAUCCUUUAUUUUACUCGGUAGCCAUUCAUUUUAUUCAGGUAAAUUAUGAAAGUUCAAGCUUGAAUCCAACUUAAUUGUUCAAGCCUCUUAGUUCUAUUUAAUAUUGUUCCACUCAAUACAUAAAGGGCCUAAGGGUGUACAACCUUUUUCUUAGGUUUGCUGGUUUUUUCUAAAUCAUGUAAACGAUAUUUUAAUCGCAGAAAUCACCCUGUUACAUCUUGUUUCUUACAAAUUUCUCAAUUUUUUUUUUAUUCAAUUUGUUUCCGCUGUCUUUCUCAUAAAUUCUCAGAGAAAUAUAUAAUGGCAUUGGUUCUCUAUUAAGUAAAAUAAGAGGGCUCUUCUCUGGUUUUUCUCUUCCUGACUUAUUUCAAUGAGUGUGCUGUACUAUCAGAUAUUUUGCAUUAUAAAUUAUUUCAAGUUCGUAUUUAAGGUAAGUAGGGAUAAAAACUGCAAUUUUAACUUUUUAAUAAUUACUUCUCUUACAAGAAUGAACCGUUCAAGAGUUACUUGAAAAUUUUCCUUCAAUUAAUUUAAAUUUAUUCUCAAGGAUUUUGGCAAAAUCUCUCUCAUUACAUUUGCUCUCAUUUAUUUUAAAAUCACACGAAAAAAUCAGCAACGAGUUGAAAACGUUACUUGUUAAAUGAGAAACUAUCUUGCGACCGUGAUUUUCUUAUGAUUUGUUAAUUUAUUUUAAUAGGUGAAAAGGGUAAAAGGGAGUUCCUGGAUCAUGAGACCAAUUCGCUAUUCUGCAGAAAAUGGUCACUCAGCAGCAACAUUGUCUGACCUCAAUUAAAAAUUCAAAUGAUUCAGUAGCCUUAUCAGUAAUUUUUGAGAGAGACAGUAAUUUUUGUCUCCCUCGAUAAAUGCUUCUACAGAGCACAGCAUUUUCCUUGUGCAGAUAAUUAAAGGUGCGAAGAUUGAUCGGGAUCAAAACCCUUCCUGUAUGCAUGAUAAUUAGAGAGUAUCUCCUCUUGUAAAAAUGGGCAUAAUUGUCAGGAAAAGUCUAUUCGCUUGUUGUAGACGCUACAUUUUAAGUAUCUUGUAUGUUUAAGUAACCCCUUUUUGUGUGAUAAUACCUUUAAAGUUUUAUCUUUCUCUUAACUAAAUUAGUUUGGUUUAAAGUCCAUCGCUACUAUGCUAUGGGAGAACGCCAUGUGAACCAUCACCCUGAAACGGAAUUAAUUGUAUUUGAAGUCUGAAAAGGCCUUUGAUGUUAAUAAUAUUUUGUUGUUGUUAGUGCAAAUCUUCCUCAAUAUUUUUGAAGCACUUGCACCAAAGCAGAAAAGUUGUCACUUUCUCAAGCGAAGACUUCUCUGCUUUUGCCACCGAACAGAAUUGUUUUGAUAAUCCAUGAAUCACUAAAAAAGUUUCUUUGCUUACAUGGCGAUCUCUCUUGGGAUAGAAGAUUAGUCCAAUUCAGUGAUACAUCUUCAACAUGUCUAUUACAAAAUUAAAUCGUAUCGUAUCAUAAAUUCGCUGUUAGUCAUCUCUAAUAUUCAUCUCAUUUUAGAAAUUCUCGCUUGUCUCUAUUUUGUCUAUAUUUUUUUAUUCCUAAAUGCAAAUGCACUAAUCAGGUGUCGCCUCUCUGUUUGAAGACUAAUCCGAAAUUCUUUUGUCCUAAGGUCAAUUCUGUGGACAUCCCUCAUUCAUUUUAUUUAUUUUUUUACCUUCAUUUAUACUGAUUUCAAUCACUAUCUCAAGUGAUACAAAGUAUAUUUUGUGAUAAGAAAAAAUCAUCUCCUUUUUACAAUCAAAUAAGAAUUGUGUGUAAAAUGAAAGUAUUAACGAACUCAUUUUUUUCUUUAAAUUUGUACGUGCGACUUAAGUUCUCUCUUGGUGUCCAACAAUUUCGUAAACUCAGGAGCCAAACUUUCCAAAAUUUCAAAGCAAUUUUUUGCUUUUAUUUUAUUAUUUAAUCAGUGCAAACUUGAACAGUUACAGGCAUUUAAUCGGCCAAAAAUAAAAUAUUUAAUUCAGAAUUUCAGAUGCAACAAAUUAGAUUGAUAAUGAAUGAUCAUGAAUCUCUCUCUUUUUCAACUACAAUUUCCAAGCCUUCAAAUACAAGUUUCACAUACUUGAUCAUUAUGAUUGUCAUUUCUAACUGUUAGUAUCUAUAAUGAUGAUCUUUCAAUUCUAUUCUCUAGUUCGUUUCUUUUGGUCAUCUUGAUGAGAAUUGUUAAGGUAGAAAAGAAAGCAUUUGAAUUCACUGUACUCUAGUGUGAGAAUCAAGGAAAUAAAAUGUGGAACAGCAGUAAAUCUAUCAAUAGACAUAGUGUGAGGAAAGGUUUUCAAUGUUUAAUUGAAUGUUCAAAGUUACAUCAAUUCAAACCUACAGCCUUGAAUUUGCUGAUUGGACUAAGUGUAGAAAUGUAUUUUUAUCAUGUUAAAUUUAUGUCACUUAUGCACCUGAGUUUGCUCUUAUUGUUGUUAAUUUGAGGGAAAGUCAUAGGGUCGCAUGCAACCGUAGGCUAGUGGAGCCUGAGGGUUUGUUGAGCCCUGUAAUUGAAAUGCCCUCAGUGUACAUAUACUCGUGUGGUUGUCUGUAGGUAUAUUUUAAUUAUUUUAGCACCUAUUUGUCAGUGUUAUUUUCAUUCUUGUUGUCAUGUCUACUAGUUAGACUGUACAACUUGUAGUUGACCCUCCAUUUGCAUCAAUUCCAAUGUAAUGUCACUAAUUUGUGUCAUGACUUGGAACCUCUGUCAUCAUCAAAAUCUUCCAUUUUUAAUUUUCAAAAUUCCGGAAGAGCUUUAUCUUAAUUCUGCCGUGAAACAUGUCAAGCAAUGGAAUAAAAAAUGUGUCCCCUGUUAGGAUGUAAGCAUUUUUCAAUAUUCGUUGCAGCAUUUUUGUGUGAAUCUAUUAUUUCCCCAAUAUUCUUUGUGCAGUUGUAUCAGAGACUAAAAUAUUAUGAAUUUGGAGCGUCAACUACACCUAAACUGAGCUUUUCAUACAGUAUUCUAGCAAGAAUCAUCUUGCAGGCUAAACUUUGGAAGCUACCGUUAAGUCUAUUGAAAUAAGUUGUGAGAGCUUAAUUAAUUAUACUGAUGCCAAUAGGUCUCCCUAUUCCAAGGGUAUUUUUUAUUUUAUCAUUAGGGAAUCAUUUGUGAUCAAUUUUUUUCCUACUAUACCUUGAUUUGUUUUACUCAGUUAUUUGUUAGGUACAUAUUGACCUUUUAAAGAUACCAGGAAUAUACCAUCAGAACUUGCAUUUUUAGCGUUGCAAAUAUUAAGUUUGUGGACUGUCAUCUACAUUGUUAUCUGUGAGAUAUCUUUGGCGAUAACAAAUAUUUCUGGUCUCUACCAUUUAGGCUCACCAUCCUACUUUGCCUAAGAUAAUUUAUCUAAGUGCAAUCCAAGAGAAACUUGACACUAUUUCCUUGAGAAUUUUUUACUGCAUCCAUGACCUAGUUGAGUUAUCAGUGAAAAUCGUUUGCUUCAAAGUGCCAACUCAAAUUUGUGAUUUCAAUCAAUUUGCUUAUUUUUUGGCCAAAAAGGUGUUUUUUUUUUUCUUCUUCUAUUUAGUGGAGUACAUGAACAAGUUAAUCAAAUUAUAGUGAAGGUCUCCCAAUUCUUUCUGUGAUUUCGCCCAAUUUUCUCUCUCACUUCACAGCAAGGUGAAUCUAUUUUUGAUUAAUUUAUCACUUAAAUUUCUCAUAAAUACUGAAAACAGUAAUUUCAGUUCGAUUUCAUCUAUCACCUAUCGACCGAAAUGUACGGUGUAAUACUUAUACCUCACAAGAUAUUCCUCCUUACCAACAAAACAUCCGGUUUUUUUUGUGAUUAGUUACUCAUUAAAGGAUGCACACCUUAAGAUGUAUAUCGAUUCACCUUGGAUUAACUUCAAAGUCCUCUCCAAGUUGUACUGCUGAAAUCCUUAGCUUUCCACUGAUAAUGGACGACUGUUGUUUUGAUCUGGUAUUUAGUUAAACUGCCAUUUAAGUUAUAUAUUGUUUCCCCUUUUUGAAUGUUUAUAUUUUUGUGUGUAAUGUCAGUAGUGACAAAGCUUGGUGGCGUAGUAAAUUAGGAACCAUGUUUGUCAUUAUUGUGUGUACAGUAUUUAUUAUUGACCUACUAUGUUAAGUUUUAUUUUGUUCUUUUUGCUCUUUGAGAUCUGGGAAUCUAAACUCUUCUUGUCCAAAGGAAAUCGAGCUUGCAUCCCUCUCUAAAAAGAUGCCGCUAUAAUUUUACUUAGUUUUUCAAAAUCAUCAGUCAAACACAUCACAUAUUAUGAUGCCUUGAGCUCUAUGUAUCGCACCAGUGUCCAUCUCUCUGGUGCGAAAAUUUUUUAUCUGAUGGGCAAAUAUUUUUGAAGCCAAGUCCAAGAAAACAAAUUUCAGUACAACACAAGUUUGAUGACUAUGCUUUCAAAUUUCUACAAAAAUACUGUAAAAAGUUUGAGAAAAAACCCUCAGAUUUUCUUAAAAUUAAAUUUCCUCUGUCUGAUUAACCACGUCAUUGUAAAUCUGUCAAAGAGUGUGUAAACUGAAAAUCAAGCAAUCGAUUUGUGAAUUGCAGGUGUUUUCUAAGUUUGGUAUUUUCUUCAAACAAUGUCAUUAAAGAACUUAUUAACAUUUUACUUUCCCAUUGGAUAAAUAUGAUACGUAAUAUAUCUCAGGUUGUUUGUUGUAAUGCAUUCAAUUUUCAUUUUUUCAGUGUACAAAGAUAUUCCUGUAAGAGGCCCAAAGAGAUUGCCGUUUUUUGUAAAAAUACACCAUAAAUUAUUGACUUUUGAAGCCAAUUCGCAAUGAUGCAGGCUCAUAUUAUCUCAGCUUUUUUAAAACAAGAAGACUAGAUUUUUCUGACCUCAAAUGUUUGCGAUUCAGUUUCAUCACAGAGUACUCAAUUAGGAGGUAUCUGCAUUUUGUGUCUAGUUCCCUCUAGUCUAACCAUACCAGUGUUUAAAAUCACUUGUUCUCUCACUCUCUGCACACAUUUAUCAGAUUUUGUAGUCUUUCUAUGUUUGUGAAGUAAAAUGUCUGUAUUUUUCUUCAGAAUAACCUGACCAGAAUUUACACCUCAUGCUUGAGCUCAUUUCUACUCUAAGUAGUUUACAAAAUAGGUCACUCUGUAGGCAGAUUAUUCAAACUCAUUAAUUAUCAAGAAAUCAGGAUGAAACAAAGCUGAUAUUGAACAGUGACAUCUAUUGGUUAAAUCUUUCAACACCAUUUUGUGUUGUGAAUUUUUCAUAGGCCGUUGGUAAAACUUGCUGUAAUAUUCAAUUUUAAUUUAGCCAUCAAAUAGCCUCCAUGAUCCAACUAACUAAUAAUACCCUUUAAUGUCAACUUAACCGUAAAGUAACCUGCCAUUAAUCUACCAACUUUAAUUAUCAGCCCUCAGCCUUGCUCAUUGAUGACCAUCCGAAAGAGGUAUAAAUUUUGGACAGGUGUAUCAACUGAAUUUUUUUUUUUUAAAAUGUCAGUCUCUGUGAAGUCGAUUCGCUUUCCUCUACGAAGGAAAAAAUAUUGUAAUGUUAGUCUUAAUGCUGUCUACCAACUCGUGAAAUAUUCAUCAACGCUCCUCCUCCAUCCCCCUUUUCCUACCCUUUCAAUGUGCUUUAUUUACAUUGUUUUAAUCAAAGCAUUUAAGCAUCAACUCAUGAUAAAUAGACAAAUUGCUCUAAUUUUAGUCCGAUCUGUUUGUGCUGUAACUUUGCCAGCACCAACAUAUGUAUAUGGUCAUAAAUCUAUCAGUCAGGUUGAUGCUUUACAGGGAAAUUUAUUUUCUUUCUCUUCAUAGCUGUCAAAAAGAAAGAUUGCAAAUUUUUAUUACGCUUUUUCUGUCAUGAAAAUCUCUAACAAAAAUUCUGCAAUAGCUCAACAGGUUUUCCUUCUUUUCUUGUCGAAAAGAAGUAGAAAAUUCUGCCUUUGUAAACAGUGAGGAGCCGAUUUUAGGCAAUAAAUUCUCUGUAAUUUAUUCAAUCCAUUCAUUGUCCAUUAAGUUUUCUUUUUUUAAUCUGAAUUCAUUGUGUGUAAAAAUUUAAACUGCACAAGCAGAAUUUCAUGAAUCAAUACCCUUUAGGUAUUAUCCUUUGAACUUUAUGUACAUAGGUUUUUGUAAAUGAAACCUGCUUUCCCUCUCUCCUUGUAUUAGUUUUAAUCAAUUUUUACCAUUAAUACUUUGAUUGGAGCUAUCUGCUAGAUGCAUUGAAUACGAGUAUUAAAGUUCCCCUUCUCUUAACCUGUUAAUGUUUGUUAAUUUUGUGUAAAUAGAUUAUUUAUACUUACCUACUUGGUAACACUUAAGAUCCAUCAAGAUGGGGCGCAUCAUGCCUUGAUUGGUGCUCGAAAAUGUCUUAAAACCUUUUGAAUUGAUUUUAAGAAGUCUGAUGCAGUUAAGCAGAUAGAUGUCUGAGUUUUGUAACAAUUUUCAAUCCAAAACGUUUCAAGACAUGAUUUUUUGCCUCAAUUUACCCUUGAUAUUGAAUGGAAAAUCCUUGGUUUCUACACUCAAGAAUGCAGUAACUUUACACAAUACCACAUGGGGAUUAAAAUGUAAUUGGAAACUUACAACUUUAAUUGGUGUGCAAAUGUUAAAGCUGGAAAAACACGUAUCCCAAUGUAUGACGUUGCGAAUCUUCCACCAUGCCAAUUUUUUUAUAUGAAAAAUUGAACAAUGUAAUUUCCUGAAAAUUUUGGCUACUUUUCCUCGUGGUGUGAAGAACACUCUGUAAAAUUUGAAGCAAUUGUGUUUUCCAUUUCAACAAUAUAAAACAGCAAAAAUUUUUAAACAUCAAAAUCGAGGUUCGUGUUUUCUCCAGUAACACCAUUAAUAUGUUAUCUUUAUUGUUCAUUCAAUGUCUAAGAGAAGAGUGUGAUGAAUAUUUUCUGAUAUCCAAAAUUAAUUAAUACCUGUACCAAUUAACCUCUCAUCGUUUAAAUGAAAGGAAAAGGAAUAUGUUGAUUAAACAAUGGAAUUCUUUUUUAAAAA